AUGAAUGAUGGUGGGAGUAUUGACGAGAGUGUUACUUAUAUUAUAGAACUUUUACAUGAUAAGAUUAGGUCUCUAGUUAAGGUAGCUCAACCAAAAUCAUUUGACGAACUCAGGAGCAUAGUAGCAAAGCUAGACGAAGAGAAACCUUACCCUCUUAACCCCGACAAACGGAAGUUUGUCAUAGAAAAAGUAAAGGAAAUGGAAAAUCAAGGACUAAUUGAACCAUCGUCUUCAGGAUGGGCUUCACCAAUAGUAUUACCCAAAAAGAAGAACGGAGACUACAGACUUUGUGUGGAUUUACGUCAAGUCAACAAUAAAACUAUUGCUGAUGCUUACCCGAUGCCUGAUCUACGACAUCUGAUUAAGCAAACAGAUGCCAGUAAUGUAGGUCUUGGGGCUGUUCUCUUUCAAGAGCGAAUAGAAGGAGGCAAGGAUAUCAUUGAGUAUGCAAGCAGGAAACUUUCCCUUUCUGAGAAAAGCUAUUGUACAGCUGAAAAGGAGGCUCUAGCGGUAGUGUGGGCAGUAGGGAAAUUCAGGGGGUAUCUCGAGGGAAGAAAAUUUAAAUUAUUCACUGAUAACUCAUCACUACAGUGGCUAAACAAAGUAUCCGGAACCAAGUCAAAACUGAUGCUAUGGUCCUUAAUUUUGGCCGAUUUUGACUUUGAAAUACAUCACGUCCCAGGAGAGUUAAAUCAAGCCGCUGAUAGCUUGUCAAGAAACCCGGUAGACAGUGGUGAGAUAUCCAAAGAACUCAUGGAGAGGGAAGUUCCAGUCCCAAUGAAGUUAAAACAGAUUGAGCCUGUUCUUAUGGUGGCACAACGGGAAAAUUGUGACAUUGACUUGGAACUGAUAAAGAAAUGGCAGAAUGAAGAUGCAGCUUGUAGUAGAAUGAAAUCCUGGAUAACCAAUCGUUACACAAAUUCUGAAGCUGUCCCAUUCCAGUUCAAGACAUGCUAUAAGAACUUUCGCUUGGAAGACAGUAUACUUAUGUAUAAAUCUCAUCUAUCAGAAUCUUCUCCUGUGAUUGUAGUUCCGAAGUCUCAGGCCGUAAGGAUUCUAGAGAAGUACCACGACAGCCCUGAAGCUGGCCAUCCAGGACAAGACGAGACCUACACUUCGAUUCGGCGUCGUUUCUUCUGGGUAAAUAUGCAUCGGGACAUCAAGAACUACGUCCAAUCCUGCACUAUCUGUGCCUGUACCAAGGCCAACAACCAAAAAGCUAGUACAAGCAUGAGAGGACGUCGGCCACACCAGCUGUGGGAGGUUGUGGCUCUAGAUCUUAUGGGACCAUAUCCCAGAACAUCUCGAGGGAAGACUGGAAUUUUGGUGGUGACAGACCUUUUUACCAGGUGGGUCGAAGCAUUUGCCAUUCCUGAAGCUACAUCGGGAAGAAUCCUACAGCUCCUACGAACAGAGGCAAAUCCUACUGAACGGAGAAAUCAGGAGCUUAAGGAGCUGUUCAGGAUUCAUUUGUUCGACAAAGAACAUACCAAAUGGGAUCAACACUUGCAUGAGUCUCUCCUGGCCAUCAGACAGCGAGUGAAUCGCGUCACAGGGUUCUCCCCAGCAGAACUUUUUCUUGGUCGGGAAAUAAAAAGAACUGGUGAUUGGAACUUUAUGCAUGAACAGUCUCCUGAAACUAUGAAUUUGACUGCAUGGCAUGAAGAAAACGCAAAACAAAUCAAACGUAUGAAUCGACAAGCCGAAGAGAGUUCGAAGAGGGAAGCAGAGAGAAACGAUGUACCUGAAGAGCAGGACCUGAAACCGGGUACGUUGGUUCUUAGGCGAAACCAUCCCUUGAGUAAUAAGCUUAAAAAUGUGCAUGCAGGGAUGGCACGGAAAUGGCUUGGACCAUUUGAGGUGGAACACAAGCUAGGGAAGGGAGUGUACCUCUUGAGGUCUGAUCCACCAAUUAAGGUACACAUGUCGGAGUUGAAAAUACUCCCACAAACUCUCCGUGAAGCAACUCAAGCCGAAGAUAAUGAACUAGAAGCAGAAGACCAUAACGAUGCCUUACCUGGUUACAACUUAAGGUCUAGAAAGAGGAAGAUUUGA